AUGGAUAGAGACAGCAGCAGCCAUACCCCAUCGGUUCCGAGCCAACCCAGUUCUGGAAGCACGCCUCAGGGAACCACCGGUACACAGUCUUCCCAUUCACAGAACCACCAUACGCCCGUUGCGUCGUCCUCAUCUUCCGCAAAGCCACAAUCUGGCAACGCGCAGAAUUCGAAACGUAGGAGGGGCCUUGGCGUGGUCACUCCCAAUGCCUGUACAGAAUGUCGCAAAAAGAGAGCAAAGUGCGACGGCCAGAGGCCCUGUGGGCGCUGCAAGGCUCAAAAGGAUGUCGACUGUGUAUACGAAAUUCCUGUUCGCCAAUCCAAAGAAAAUCUUCGAACGGAGAUUGAGAGCCUCCGCGUUCGCCAGCGGUCCAGCGAUCAAGUGUUUGCCGCUCUGGUCCGACCAGACCUAUGGGAGGAAGUACUGCGGCGGCUCCGCGGGGGCCAGUCCGUAGAAAAUAUAUCCGACUGGCUAGGCACUGCAUUGUCUUCCGAUAUAAGUGAUGAUCAUGUCUUGGGCCCAGCUUCAGGCUCCGGGUUUGGGGCCGGCCCUUCCCGCAGCAUAGGCCAGCUGUCUCUGGGAGUCGAUACCGGCGCAACUCAGCAACCGGGUAUACGAGGCGACGUGCAGCAGAACAGUCCGUGGACAAUAAGCCAAGCAGGCUCGACGAGAAGCAACUCAUACACGGAUGCGAUGAAUUGGACCUCAGAUAAUGCGCCCGGGCCCCCGCAGACGAGAGUAGGCUCAUGGGCGGAGCCGAUGCCGCCAGACCACAUGUCCGACUCUGCUAUGCCUAGAUACAGGGGCCUUGAACAAAUUCUGUCAUUCAUGGAUGAGUCGGAAGUCAAAACACCUCCUCAAUCUUGGACAAGCAUCACUGGCGACAUAAAUCUAGUCCAGCACCUCCUCGCCUUGUACUUUUGCUGGGAAUAUCCCACGUUCGCCUCACUAAGCAAAGAACACUUUCUACAAGACUUUCAGGAUGGACGCCAGAGAUACUGCUCCCCGAUUCUCAUCAACGCUCUCCUGGCUCUGGGGUGUCGAUUCUCAACACAUCCCAUGACGCGGGCGAACCCCAAUGAUCCCUAUUCGUCAGGUGACCACUUCUUUAAAGAAUCCCAAAGACUAUUCAACCAGGAGACAGAUCACCAUUCCUUGACUACCAUUCAGGCCCUAGGCAUCAUGUCCAUUCGAGAGGCGAGCUGCGGUCGGGAUUCAGAAAGUUGGUAUUAUGCUGGGCAAAGUAUCCGACUGGCUGUGGAGAUGGGACUGCACCGAAUUCAGGACGGUUUGGAUGAGGAUGAGCUAGCCGUCCAAGCGGCAACAUUUUGGGGGGCCUUUGCACUUGACCAUGCCUGGUCCCUAGCAACGGGGUCAUUACCGCAAUGUUCCUGCUUCCCACAUCUGCCGCCCAAACCUGGCAUUAUAGGUAAUAUUGAGGCUUCGUUGUGGGUUCCAUACACGGAUGAUGGAGCGCCGCUACAACGAUCCUGCGAACAGCCAUCUAAUGUGCGGUCCGUGUACAAGUGCUUUUGUGAGCUCAGCGAGUUGAUUUACACACAAUAUCUCAAUUGGUAUGACAGAAUACCAGAAGUGUUGCGGCUAGGGCACAACUUUACCCCGGCCGUGUUGUUUGCCCACAUGUACUAUCACUUUGCGAUACUUCUCCUAUUCCGUCCCCUAAUCAAGCUGCGCAUCAUUGGGUCAAAGAUUCUCCCCAAGGAUGUAUGUUCCCAGGCAGCCGACGCCAUUCAGGGCCUUCUCACGUCAUACUCACAAUUAUACACGCUCCGUCGUACACCUUCCUUUGUGCCAUAUUUCGUUCUUACGGCCUCGAUAAUGCACCUCGCCAUUGCUGCGUCAGCUGCAGUCGACGUCAACCCGGGCAAAGUCACACCUGCGGACAUUAGGAAGGCAGUCAAGGUCGAUUCCCGCGUGUCAGAAGUGCUCAAGAAAGGCAUCGCCGAUUUGACAGAAAUGGCGCCAUGUCACCAUUUUGCAGAACAGGCACUCAACAUUCUCCGGUAUCUUGCCAAGAAGUGGAACAUUGAGGUUGAUUUCGACAACAGCAACCUGACGCCGGAGGAUUACGACCGGCUGGUGCGGCCAUAUUCCAGCAGUUUAAACUUUUUCGCUCCCAACGUUGGCGUGGAGGACUUUAUCUGUGAUUGGGGCUCAGGCAAUCGGCUGGUGGGAAGUGAGCAGGGCAGGCAAGUGGAAAAGGCGGCGGAGACUUUGCAGAACCCGUUGUUUUGGCCGUUCCCAAUGCAAGGCCGGCCAAUAUUGCCAACCGGGAAGGAGCUGGAGCAGGCUGGGUUCGCCUUGUUGAAUCCGGGCAAGGACUAA